AUGGGGACUAUGGGUCCAGUUCUUUGGGUCCUUACUGCUUUGACUCUAGCCCACUCCUUAGAUAUGCCAGCACGCGCGAUGAAUCUGGCACACAACGACCUUGUCUGCAGCACCUGGGGAAGUUUCCACUAUAAGACCUUUGAUGGAGAUGUGUAUCAGUUUCCAGGAACAUGCAACUAUUUAUUUGCCUCUAACUGUAAAGACACAUUUGAAGAUUUCAAUGUUCAGAUUAGACGUUCAGCCGGCUCAGGGAGGCCAGUGGUAUCUAAUGUGGUGAUAAAGAUCAUUGGCCUUGUCAUUGAGAUGAAGAGAGGUGUGAUCAUGGUGGGAGGUGACAGGGUCAAUCUUCCAUACAGCCAGUUUGGAGUACAAAUUCAGUUCAGCGGUGUGUAUGUGAAAAUGACUUCCAAGCUGGGAGUAGCGCUUUUAUGGAAUGAAGAUGAUUCACUCACGGUGUAUGUUCCAUCAAAAUACUCCAACAGCACUUGUGGAUUGUGUGGAAACAUGAAUGGGCUAACUCAGGAUGAGUUCAUGGUUAACAAUAUCCAGCUGACACCUAUGCAAUUUGGGAACCUGCAAAAGCUGGAUGGACCCACAGAGCAAUGUGAAGACUUUGUACCAUCUGCCCCAAAAAACUGCAGUGACCUGAAAGAGACCUGUGUCCACAUGCUUUCCAACAUAGCCUUCGGUGACUGUGACCUGCGCCUGCCUCAGCAUCCCUACAUAGAGGCCUGUGUGUCUGACCUAUGUCAGCGUCGGUCUUCAUCUGAUGUCCAAUGCAUCUGUGACACCCUGUCUGAAUACUCCCGGCAGUGCGCUCAUGCUGGUGGGAAGCCACAAAAUUGGAGGACUAAAACCAUGUGCGAGAGGACCUGUCCAAUGAACAUGAAAUAUAACGAAUGUGGGUCACCUUGUGCUGAUACCUGUUCCAACUCUGAGAGGACCCUUCUUUGUGAAGAGCAUUGCAUAGAUGGCUGCUUCUGUCCACCAGGAACGGUACUUGAUGAUGUUGAUGAUCGAGGUUGUAUCCCACUCAGUGAAUGUUCCUGUACCUACAACAACAAGAAAUUUGCACCAGGAGAAUUUUAUACCAGCAGCUGCCGCAACUGCACUUGUCAGGGGGGUCAAUGGAGCUGUGAGGCUUUGCCCUGUGCCGGACACUGCUCACUUGAGGGAGGCUCACACAUCUACACCUAUGAUGGUGGUCACUAUAACUUCCAUGGAGACUGUAGCUACAUCUUUACCAAGGAUUGUGUCAGGAACAUGUUCACUGUGCUGACCGAGCUGAGGAAAUGUGGAGUGUCCGACACCGAGACUUGUCUGAAAAGUAUCACGCUGUCUCUAGAUAAAGGACUGACAGUUCUUACAGUGAAGUCCUCAGGAACUGUGCUCCUAAAUGGGAUCUACGCUCAUGCACCAUUAGUCACAGAAAAUCUAGCUGUGUUGAGUCCAUCUUCUUUUUUCCUGGUCAUUCAGAGCUUCAAUGGAAUCCAGAUCCAGGUUCAGCUUAUCCCGAUUAUGCAGAUCUCAGUGACCCUGGACCCUGAGUACCAGGGAGAUGCAUGUGGUCUGUGUGGUGACUUCAAUAACAUCCGGACAGAUGACUUCAAGUCUGUGAGCGGAGCACUGGAGGGGACAGCGGCUGUCUUUGCGAACACAUGGAAGAGCCAAGCAGAUUGCAAUAAUGUGAAGGACAGUUAUGAAAACCCAUGUGCACUCAGUGUAGACAAUGAGAAGUUUGCCAUGUAUUGGUGCUCUCAUCUCUCGGACAGCAAGGGACCCUUUGCUCCAUGCCAUGCUGCUGUGAAUCCAAUUGUGUAUGAGAAGAACUGUAUGUAUGACAGCUGUAACUAUGAGCAAAGUGUAGACAGUGUCUGCGCAGCUUUAGCCGCCUAUGCCCGGGCCUGCGCGGCCGAGGGAAUAACUCUAGUUGGCUGGAGAGGUGCCCUCUGCGAAAAAUAUACAAAGACCUGCCCAAAAAACAGCACCUACCAGUACUCUGUUAGUACUUGCCAGAAAACCUGUCGCUCCUUGAGUGAGCCUGACCCCAGCUGCAGCUUCCAUUUCCCUCCCUUGGAUGGUUGUGCGUGUUUAGAUGGAACAUUCCUUGAUGACAAUGGAGCUUGUGUUCCAGCUAAGAACUGCCCUUGUUACUACAAAGGUUCAGUGAUGCCCCGUGGAGAGGUCACUUUUGAUAAUGGUGCCAUGUGUACAUGUCAGGGUGGCAGACUACACUGUGUUGGGAGGACACCCAGUGUUGCAGUGUGCCCAGCAAACAUGGUUUAUUUUGACUGCGCUAAUGCCUCACUUGGAGCAAAGGGAGCAGAGUGUCAAAAGACAUGUCAGACCUUGGACAUGGAGUGUUUCAGCAUCCAGUGUGCCUCUGGCUGUGUCUGUCCAGAAGGGCUUGUGCUCAAUAACAAUGGCAAGUGUGUGUCUGCAGAAGAGUGUCCAUGUAUACACAAUGGUAACAUUUACCACAGCGGGGAGAGCAUCCUUCAAGACUGCAACACCUGUACUUGCAAGGGUCGGAAAUGGAAAUGUACCAAGAAAGAAUGUCAUAGGACCUGUGUAGUGUAUGGCGAAGGGCAUUACAUGACAUUUGAUGGCAAACGUUUCGGUUUUAGUGGUGACUGCGAGUACACACUGACACAGGACUAUUGCGCAUCCAACCCUGGAAACGGUUCAUUCCGAAUUAUCACUGAAAACAUCCAGUGUGGAACAACUGGGGCUACCUGUUCCAAAGCCAUUAAAGUGUUUUUAGGCAACUUUGAGUUGAGAUUGAGUGAAGGAUCCUUUGAAGUAGUAGAACGAGAUAUUGGUGGCGAGGUCCCCUAUCAGAUCAGAAUGAUGGGAAUUUACCUGGUGAUUGAGGCUAAGAACGGUUUGAUAGUCAUGUGGGACAAGAAAACAAGCAUUCUAAUCAAGCUGAGCCCAGAGUUUAAGGGAAAAGUUUGUGGUCUCUGUGGUAACUAUGAUGGUAGUGUGUCCAAUGACUUCACCACAAGACGUCUAUCAGUGGUGGUCAAUGUACAAGAGUUUGGAAACAGCUGGAAAGCUUCACCAACCUGUCCUGAUGCUCAGCCCCUAAGGGAUCCAUGCAUUGCCAAUCCAUACCGUCAGACCUGGUCUCAAAAGCACUGCAGCAUCAUCAUGGGCUCAACUUUCUCCACAUGCCAUUCCAAAGUUGACCCUACUCCAUACCAUGAGGCUUGUGUUAGAGACACAUGUGGCUGUGACACUGGAGGAGACUGUGAAUGCUAUUGUACAGCUGUCUCAGCUUAUGCCACGGCUUGUAGUGAUGCUGGAAUCUGCGUUUCUUGGAGAACCCCAGAAAUAUGCCCUAUGUUCUGUGAUUACUACAACCCUGAAGGAGAGUGUGAGUGGCACUACAAACCAUGUGGAGCUCCCUGCUUGAAGACCUGCAGGAACCCCCGUGGCCAGUGUAUGAACCAGCUACCUGGAUUAGAGGGAUGUUAUCCAAAAUGUCCCAAAGCGCGACCUUUCUUUGAUGAGGAUAUCAUAAAGUGUGUAGCCCAAGCAGACUGUGGCUGUUAUGGUGACGACAGUAAACGUUACAAUGUUGGGGAAAUGGUGCCAACCUACAAGAACUGUCAAAGCUGUAUUUGCACCAAGAAAGGUCUUCGUUGCCAGAUGGAUCUCAGAGCAUGCUAUUGUUACUAUGGUAAUAUGAAGUUCAACUAUGGUGACAUCAUCUAUAAUACCACUGAUGGAAUUGGGGGAUGCAUAACAGCCAUAUGUUCAUCAAAUGGAACCAUUCAUAGAAGUGUCUAUCCAUGCUUACCAACUACUAAGGCACCCACCAGUACCUUCCAUUUUGAUACAACUACUGUGCAUGCAGAAAAUACAUCUACUCCAGGGCAAGCUUCAUCAACCUCUGUGUCUUGCCUUGAAGAAGUAUGUAAAUGGUCAAUGUGGUAUGAUGUCACUUGUCCAAAGUAUGGUGAAAAUGAAGGUGACUUUGAAACCUUUGAGAAUAUAAGAAACAAGGGCCACACCAUAUGCAAAAUACCAUCCCAGGUGGAAUGUCGAGCGCAAAAGUUUCCGAAGAUCCCAAUUGCUGACUUGGGUCAGAUCAUUCAUUGCAAUACAUCUGUGGGUCUUGUGUGUCAUAAUCGGGACCAAUUCUCCCAGCUCUGCUUUAAUUAUGAGAUGCGAGUUUUAUGCUGUAGCUAUGUGCCCUGUGGAGAAUCAAUUACUUCCCCUACUUCUGACACUAUAGUUUCUACACCAUUCAUGACAAUAACAUCCAAAUCUGCAGUGGCCUCAACUGUCCAACCAGAGGACACUGUUAGCACAGAACUGAGUCAGUCAACGCAAAGUUCUUCAUCAAUAAAAGCAACAGCUGUGUCUACCGCUAAGAUAUUAAGCCCAACAAGUAAAAAACCACACCACUCCACCCAAGAAACUAUUUUUACCACUCCUUGCAGUAAACAGCGAUGCUCUUGGACACCUUGGUAUGAUGUGCAUUUUCCCAGUAUUGUUAAUUCUGAUGGAGACUUUGAGACCCUGGAGAAUAUCAGAGCUGCUGGUAACAAUAUAUGUCAAAAGCCAGAAGAUAUUGAAUGCAGAGCCGAGAGAUUCCCAGAAGAAAACAUUACAGAUAUUGGCCAGCUAGUUACCUGCAACAUCACUCAUGGUCUCAUUUGCAAUAACAAAGAUCAAGCUUGGAGUUUUCCGAUUUGCUACAAUUACAAAGUAAAGAUCCUUUGUUGUUCCAUGGAGGAUUGUGAAUUAUCUACUACGUAUGUCCAUUCUACAAUCAAGGAUCACACAACAGAACAUUUAAAAGAAACUAGUGUAGUGAUUUCAACUGGCUCAAAAUUUACUGAAAACGCCUUAACAUCCAGUACAGUUAGAGCAACAAGCAGUCCAUCAACAUUUCACACAGAUCAUACUGGUCAAGUAACUGGAACACUGUUCCAAACAAUUUCUACUUCUUCAAAGAGCCCUAAAACAACACCUGGAGAAAUAACUGCAGGUUUCUCUGUUUCCAAAAUGAGAACUACUUUACCUAGCCUGUCUACAUCAAAAACAACUAUGACACAUAUUCCUACAGUACAGACUUCUGCGCUGAUAAAAACAACUGGCAGAGCCUUUGAGAGCUUGGUCACAUCCAAAUAUGUGUCUGGAACCACAUCAACCUCCCAAAACCAUGAAACAACUUUGUCAUUUUCAACAACACCAAUGACACAUGCCCCAAUAACAGAAAUAGAGCACGUGUCUACUGAAAAAAGUACAAACUCUUUUCAUUCAACAUCCCAAGAAGGAGAUCAUGCAAACAUUACUGUUCCUCAGACAAGCAAAGUUACAACAAGCAGAGCAAUAACAAAUUCAGAAAUAAGCUGUGUACCUGUAUGCCAGUGGUCACAGUGGUUUGAUGUUAGCUUUCCUAACCUGGACACAAACGGAGACUUUGAAACCUAUGAGGAAAUAAAGAAGUCAGGAUUUCAAAUCUGUCAAGAGCCUUCUGAUAUUCAAUGCAGAUCUGCAGAUCUUCCAGGCUUUUCACUCGAGGAAUUACAGCAGAAUGUGCAAUGCAAUCUUAGCUAUGGUCUUGUUUGCCAAAAUGAAGAUCAAACUGGACCAUUUCCAUAUUGUUACAACUAUGAAAUUCGUGUCUUAUGCUGUUCCGGCUGUGCAUCUACAAAGGUUUUACCUACAUUUACAGAUCAUCAAACCUCUAAAAUUCCACAGGAAGACCAUAAAACAACUCAAAAAACAACUUCAUCACAAGUACAUUCAAGUACAGAAACUGGAAAAUUAACAACUUUUGAAGAGAUACAUACAUAUGCACCCCUAUCAACUAAAACGACAAAAGUUUUAACAGCACCAAUGGAAAUGACAACCACCAAACCCACAAUGAGCACAAUUUUGGAAGUAUUAUCUAAGUCUGCAACAAGUAAGGAAACAGGUUCUAUGGCUACUGAAGUGUUUACAACAUUACCUACCAAAACCUUAGCUGAAUUGUCUUCCCAAGAGCCUUCCAAAUUGACAACUGCAGUUAAAACUGAAAAUUGGGAGACCACAUCCCAUAAAACAGUUCCCAUAAAAACAACUAAACCAACUACCAUAUAUGGUGAGGUGACAACUAAAGCUACAUCUCCUAAAGUAAGCACUGCAUCCGACAUACUAACCACUGAAUAUAAACAUGAAGAAUCCACCUCUCAUAGAACAAGUUCCAUCAAAACAACUAAAAUCUCUACAUUAUCCAGUAAAUUGACAUCUGCCUACAAAUCUACAUCCAGCAAGUCUACAACAAAGAAAGCAGCAUCUCCUAAUAUAAGCACUGUAUCUCAAAAAACUACAGAAUCUGAACAUAAGAAGUCUACGACUCACGGUCUGAUUUCCAUCAAAACCACUAAACUAUCUACAGAAUCUGGUGAAGUGACAUCUGUCCACAAGUCUACAUCAAGAAAGCCUAUUACAACUAAAGCAACAUCUCAAAAAGUAAGCACUGCAUCCCGCGCAUCAACCACAAAAUCUGAACAUGAAAUAUCCACCUCCCAUGGACCAGUUUCUAUUAAAACCACUAAAACAUCUACAGAAUCUGGUGAAGUGACAUAUAUUCCCAAAUCCACAUCAAGUAAGCCGAUAACUACUAAAGAAACAUCUCAAAAAGUAAGCACUGUAUCCCGCAAAUCAACCACAGAAUCUGAACAUGAAAAAUCCACUUCUCAUGGACCAGUUUCUAGUAAAACCACUAAAACAUAUACAGAAUCUGGUGAAAUGACAUCUGUUCACAAGUUCACAUCAAGAAAGCCUAUUACAACUAAAGCAACAUCUCAAAAACUAAGCACUGUAUCCCGCAAAUCAACCACAGAAUCUGAACAUGAAAAAUCCACUUCUAAUGGACCAGUUUCUGGUAAAAUCACUAAAACAUCUACAGAAUCUGGUGAAGUGACAUAUAUUCCCAAAUCUACAUCAAGUAAGCCUAUAACUACUAAAGCAACAUCUCAAAAAGUAAGCACUGUAUCCCGCAAAUCAACCACAGAAUCUGAACAUGAAAAAUCCACUUCUCAUGGACCAGUUUCUGGUAAAACCACUAAAAUAUCUACAGAAUCUGGUGAAGUGACAUCUGUUCACAAGUCUACACCAAGAAAGCCCAUUACAACUAAAGCAACAUCUCAAAAAGUAAGCACUGUAUCCCGCAAAUCAACCACAGAAUCUGAACAUGUAAAAUCCACUUCUCAUGGACCAGUUUCUGGUAAAACCACUAAAUCAUCUAUGGAAUCUGGUGAAGUGACAUCUAUUCACAAGUCUACACCAAGAAAGCCUAUUACAACUAAAGCAGCAUCUCAAAAAGUAAGCACUGUAUCCCGCAAAUCAACCACAGAAUCUGAACAUGAAAAAUCCACUUCUAAUGGACCAGUUUCUGGUAAAAUCACUAAAACAUCUACAGAAUCUGGUGAAGUGACAUCUGUUCACAAGUCUACAUCAAGAAAGCCUAUUACAACUAAAGUAACAUCUGAAAAAGUAAGCACUGUAUCCCAUGAAUUAACCACAGAAGCUGAAUAUGAAAAAUCUACCUCCCAUGGACCAGUUUCUGUUAAAACCACUGAAACAUCUACAGAAUCUGGUGACGUGACAUCUUUUCACAAGUCUACAUCAAGAAAGCCUAUUACAACUAAAGCAACAUCUCAAAAAGUAAGCACUGUAUCCCGCAAAUCAACCACAGAAUCUGAACAUGAAACAUCCACUUCUCAUGGACCAGUUUCUAUUAAAACCACUAAAACAUCUACAGAAUCUGGUGAAGUGACAUCUGUUCACAAGUCUACACCAAGAAAGCCUAUUACAACAAAAUCAACAUCUCAAAAAGUAAGCACUGUAUCCCGCAAAUCAACCACAGAAUCUGAACAUGAAAAAUCCACUUCUCAUGGACCAGUUUCUGGUAAAACCACUAAAACAUCUACAGAAUCUGGUGAAGUGACAUCUGUUCACAAUAAGCCUAUAACUACUAAAGCAACAUCUCAAAAAGUAAGCACUGUAUCCCAUAAAUCAACCACAGAAUCUGAACAUGAAAAAUCCACUUCUCAUGGACCAGUUUCUGGUAAAACCACUAAAACAUCUACAGAAUCUGGUGAAGUGACAUCUGUUCACAAGUCUACAUCAAGAAAGCCUAUUACAACUAAAGCAACAUCUCAAAAAGUAAGCACUGUAUCCCGCAAAUCAACCACAGAAUCUGAACAUGAAAAAUCCACUUCUCAUGGACCAGUUUCUGGUAAAACCACUAAAACAUCUACAGAAUCUGGUGAAGUGACAUCUGUUCACAAGUCUACAUCAAGAAAGCCUAUUACAACUAAAGCAACAUCUCAAAAAGUAAGCACUGUAUCCCGCAAAUCAACCACAGAAUCUGAACAUGAAAAAUCCACUUCUCAUGGACCAGUUUCUGGUAAAACCACUAAAACAUCUACAGAAUCUGGUGAAGUGACAUCUGUUCACAAGUCUACAUCAAGAAAGCCUAUUACAACUAAAGCAACAUCUCAAAAAGUAAGCACUGUAUCCCAUGAAUUAACCACAGAAGCUGAAUAUGAAAAAUCUACCUCCCAUGGACCAGUUUCUGUUAAAACCACUGAAACAUCUACAGAAUCUGGUGAAGUGACAUAUAUUCCCAAAUCCACAUCAAGUAAGCCUAUAACUACUAAAGCAACAUCUCAAAAAGUAAGCACUGUAUCCCAUGAAUUAACCACAGAAGCUGAAUAUGAAAAAUCUACCUCCCAUGGACCAGUUUCUGUUAAAACCACUGAAACAUCUACAGAAUCUGGUGAAGUGACAUAUAUUCCCAAAUCUACAUCAAGUAAGCCUAUAAUUACUAAAGCAACAUCUCAAAAAGUAAGCACUGUAUCCCAUGAAUUAACCACAGAAGCUGAAUAUGAAAAAUCUACCUCCCAUGGACCAGUUUCUGUUAAAACCACUGAAACAUCUACAGAAUCUGGUGAAGUGACAUAUAUUCCCAAAUCUACAUCAAGUAAGCCUAUAACUACUAAAGCAACAUCUCAAAAAGUAAGCACUGUAUCCCGCAAAUCAACCACAGAAUCUGAACAUGAAAAAUCCACUUCUCAUGGACCAGUUUCUGGUAAAACCACUAAAACAUCUACAGAAUCUGGUGAAGUGACAUCUGUUCACAAGUCUACAUCAAGAAAGCCUAUUACAACUAAAGCAACAUCUCAAAAAGUAAGCACUGUAUCCCGCAAAUCAACCACAGAAUCUGAACAUGAAAAAUCCACUUCUCAUGGACCAGUUUCUGGUAAAACCACUAAAACAUCUACAGAAUCUGGUGAAGUGACAUCUGUUCACAAGUCUACAUCAAGAAAGCCUAUUACAACUAAAGCAACAUCUCAAAAAGUAAGCACUGUAUCCCGCAAAUCAACCACAGAAUCUGAACAUGAAAAAUCCACUUCUCAUGGACCAGUUUCUGGUAAAACCACUAAAACAUCUACAGAAUCUGGUGAAGUGACAUCUGUUCACAAGUCUACAUCAAGAAAGCCUAUUACAACUAAAGCAACAUCUCAAAAAGUAAGCACUGUAUCCCAUGAAUUAACCACAGAAGCUGAAUAUGAAGAAUCUACCUCCCAUGGACCAGUUUCUGUUAAAACCACUGAAACAUCUACAGAAUCUGGUGAAGUGACAUAUAUUCCCAAAUCUACAUCAAGUAAGCCUAUAAUUACUAAAGCAACAUCUCAAAAAGUAAGCACUGUAUCCCGCAAAUCAACCACAGAAUCUGAACAUGAAAAAUCCACUUCUCAUGGACCAGUUUCUGGUAAAACCACUAAAACAUCUACAGAAUCUGGUGAAGUGACAUCUGUUCACAAGUCUACAUCAAGAAAGCCUAUUACAACUAAAGCAACAUCUCAAAAAGUAAGCACUGUAUCCCGCAAAUCAACCACAGAAUCUGAACAUGAAAAAUCCACUUCUCAUGGACCAGUUUCUGGUAAAACCACUAAAACAUCUACAGAAUCUGGUGAAGUGACAUCUGUUCACAAGUCUACAUCAAGAAAGCCUAUUACGACUAAAGCAACAUCUCAAAAAGUAAGCACUGUAUCCCGUGAAUUAACCACAGAAGCUGAAUAUGAAAAAUCUACCUCCCAUGGACCAGUUUCUGUUAAAACCACUGAAACAUCUACAGAAUCUGGUGAAGUGACAUAUAUUCCCAAAUCUACAUCAAGUAAGCCUAUAAUUACUAAAGCAACAUCUCAAAAAGUAAGCACUGUAUCCCAUGAAUUAACCACAGAAGCUGAAUAUGAAAAAUCUACCUCCCAUGGACCAGUUUCUGUUAAAACCACUGAAACAUCUACAGAAUCUGGUGAAGUGACAUAUAUUCCCAAAUCUACAUCAAGUAAGCCUAUAAUUACUGAAGCAACAUCUCAAAAAGUAAGCACUGUUUCCCGCAAAUCAACCACAGAAUCUGUACAUGAAAAAUCCACUUCUCAUGGACCAGUUUCUGGUAAAACCACUAAAACAUCUACAGAAUCUGGUGAAGUGACAUCUGUUCACAAGUCUACAUCAAGAAAGCCUAUUACAACUAAAGCAACAUCUCAAAAAGUAAGCACUGUAUCCCAUGAAUUAACCACAGAAGCUGAAUAUGAAAAAUCUACCUCCCAUGGACCAGUUUCUGUUAAAACCACUGAAACAUCUACAGAAUCUGGUGAAGUGACAUAUAUUCCCAAAUCUACAUCAAGUAAGCCUAUAAUUACUGAAGCAACAUCUCAAAAAGUAAGCACUGUUUCCCGCAAAUCAACCACAGAAUCUGUACAUGAAAAAUCCACUUCUCAUGGACCAGUUUCUGGUAAAACCACUAAAACAUCUACAAAAUCUGGUGAAGUGACAUCUGUUCACAAGUCUACAUCAAGAAAGCCUAUUACAACUAAAGCAACAUCUCAAAAAGUAAGCACUGCAUCCCGCAAAUCAACCACAGAAUCUGAACAUGAAAAAUCCACUUCUCAUGGACCAGUUUCUGGUAAAACCACUAAAACAUCUACAGAAUCUGGUGAAGUGACAUCUGUUCACAAGUCUACAUCAAGAAAGCCUAUUACAACUAAAGCAACAUCUCAAAAAGUAAGCACUGUAUCCCGCAAAUCAACCACAGAAUCUGAACAUGAAAAAUCCACUUCUCAUGGACCAGUUUCUGGUAAAACCACUAAAACAUCUACAGAAUCUGGUGAAGUGACAUCUGUUCACAAGUCUACAUCAAGAAAGCCUAUUACAACUAAAGCAACAUCUCAAAAAGUAAGCACUGUAUCCCAUGAAUUAACCACAGAAGCUGAAUAUGAAAAAUCUACCUCCCAUGGACCAGUUUCUGUUAAAACCACUGAAACAUCUACAGAAUCUGGUGAAGUGACAUAUAUUCCCAAAUCUACAUCAAGUAAGCCUAUAAUUACUGAAGCAACAUCUCAAAAAGUAAGCACUGUUUCCCGCAAAUCAACCACAGAAUCUGUACAUGAAAAAUCCACUUCUCAUGGACCAGUUUCUGGUAAAACCACUAAAACAUCUACAAAAUCUGGUGAAGUGACAUCUGUUCACAAGUCUACAUCAAGAAAGCCUAUUACAACUAAAGCAACAUCUCAAAAAGUAAGCACUGCAUCCCGCGCAUCAACCACAGAAUCUGAACAUGAAAAAUCCACUUCUCAUGGACCAGUUUCUGAUAAAACCACUAAAAUAUCUACAGAAUCUGGUGAAGUGACAUCUGUUCACAAGUCUACACCAAGAAAGCCUAUUACAACAAAAGCAACAUCUCAAAAACUAAGCACUGUAUCCCGCAAAUCAACCACAGAAUCUAAACAUGAAAAGUCCACCUCUCUUGGUCCAUUUUCUCUUAAAACCACUAAAAUGUCUACAGAAUCUGGCGAGGUGAAGUGGGUCCACAAGUCUACAUCAAGAAAGCCUAUUACAACUAAAGCAACAUCUCAAAAAGUAAGCACUGCAACCCAUGAAUCAACCACAGAAUCUAAACAUGAAAAGUCCACCUCUCUUGGUCCAUUUUCUCUUAAAACCACUAAAAUGUCUACAGAAUCUGGCGAGGUGACAUGGGUCCACAAGUCUACAUCAAGUAGGCCAAUAACAACAAAGGCAAUAUCUCAUAAAGUAAGCACUGCAGCUCAUGAAUACUCCACAGAAUCUGAACAUGAAAAAUCUACCUCCCACAGACCUAUUUCUGUUAAAACCACUUCUAUGGGAUCAAGAUCCACUUUACAUACUGGGAGGACAGCUGCAACCACCAGGGAACAAUUCAGCUCUCAACAACCUAAAUCAACUAAGCAAUUGACCUCAUCUACAUUUGGAAGGUAUAGCACUGAAAGAACUGUUACCAAGACAUCACGACUGAAUACAGCAGCCACAGAAUCCUUUUCUACCACCAGGUGUAUGUGCAAUUUUAACGGAACUAUAGUUCCUCCUGGCGAAGUUCUAUAUAGCACAACAGAUAAUGAUGGCUGGUGCUUCUAUGCACGCUGCAAUGAGAAGUGUCAGGUGGAGAGAUACAGUGAACAUUGUUAUACUGUGCCUACUGUGACCAGCAACACCAAGACUGCUAAAACCGUGACAGCUAGUGCUGCAACUACUGUCACCGGAAAGACUGGAAGAACAACAAAAACAUCUGCAAGAAGCACAAAGACUGCACAGACAAAGACUUCAGCAUCAAGUGUCAGCUCAGGCAGCACCUCAACCCCUGAGUGCUAUGCAGUUAUGCCUCCCAGAAGAGUUAAUGAAACCUGGAUGAUGGAUAAGUGUACCCAUGCUACCUGUAUUGGUCAAAACAAUAUUGUUGUUAACAAAAAACAGUGUGCACCGGUCAAUGAGGUGGCAUGUGCCAACCGGUUAAAGCCCAAGAAAACACUUGAUGAGAGUGGCUGCUGCUAUCAGCAAGAGUGUGAAUGUGUCUGUGGUGGUUGGGGAACCUCCCAUUAUAUUACCUUUGAUGGUACCUACUAUUCUUUUAAUGGUCAAUGCACAUAUAUCCUUGUUCAGCAAAUUACACCAGUCUUCGACCAUUUUUGGGUUUACAUUGAUAAUUUCUCAUGUGACCCUGAUGACCCAUCUUGUGUUAAGACCCUUCGUAUUAUGUACAAAAAUGACAUGAUUGUCCUGACCUCUCAGUCUUUGAGCAACCGAAUAACAAACAAGAUUUACAUCAACAAUAAGAGAGUAUACCCUGCAAUCCACACAAAUGGUAUAACUAUUACAUCCAGUGGCAUUUUUGUAAUAGUGCAGAUACCAGAAAUUGGAGCAUACAUCUCCUUCAAUGUUCUUAGCUUCACUGUCAAGUUGCCAAUCAGCAAGUUCUCAGGCAAUACUGAAGGUCAUUGUGGAAAGUGUUCCAACAAUCAAGUGGAUGAUUGCAUUUUGCCUAACGGACAGCAGGCUUCAUCAUGUACUGAGAUGGCAGGACAGUGGGGAAUACCAAGUCAGGACUCGUCAUCAUGCAUCUCCAUCCCCACCAGACCCCCCACUAUUGGUAGCCAGUCGACACCUUUCUCUUCCCUUCCAUCCACAUACUUCUCCACUCUCUUGUCCAGUGUACCUCAAACUCUACCAACUAUAGUUCCAUCAAAAGUAGUGUCUCUACCUCCAUCACCAUUGUCCACUGCUGUCCAGACAACAGAGGAACCCUGCAACACCCCUGAGCUCUGCAAGGUUAUCCUGAGCAGUGUCUUUGAGGAAUGCCAUAACGUUGUACCACCAGAGCCAUUCUAUCAGGCUUGUGUUAGCGAUGGCUGCAUUAAGACAGAAGGCGAGGUUCUGUGCUCCAGCUUACAAAGCUAUGCUAGGCUUUGCGGAAUCGAGGGAGUCUGCAUUGACUGGAGAGACAGCACUAAUGGUGUAUGCCCCAAGAACUGUUCCUCACAUCUCGUGUAUAAACCAUGUGGACCUGCCGUAGAACCCACCUGUAACUAUAGGUACAAUGAUGAUUUUUAUAACAAGACCACAGAUUUCUUGGAAGGGUGCUACUGUCCUGAGGGCAGUACAAAAUUCAACACCAUAUCAAACAAAUGCGUAACCACUUGUGGAUGUACUGGCCCAGAUGGAAUGCCCAGAGAGCCUGGAGAAACAUGGGAAAGCAACUGUCGGACCUGUAUCUGUGAUAAUGCAACAAUGAGUGUACAGUGUGCAGCAAAAUCCUGUGCAAAGCCUAUCCCUGCAUCUUGUACUGAAGGAUCUAUGUCAGUUUCUGUACCUGACUCAUCUAACCCCUGCUGUCAAAUCACAGAAUGCCGUUGUAACAUCAGUCUGUGUUCCAAUGUCAAAAUGGUUUGUAAACCUGGCUAUGAAGCUGAGUUGCAGACAGAUGCAGGGGGUUGCUGUCCAGUGUUCAAAUGUGUUCCAAAAGCCGUGUGUGUUCAUAAUGGAUCAGAGUAUCAGCCUGGUGGAAUUGUUCCUUCUCUCAACCCCUGUGAAAAGUGCAUGUGUGACGGCACAAUGAAUGAGACUUCAGGAAUGCACCCUGUAACCUGCACUACAGUUAUGUGUAGCAUCAAAUGUGCACAGGGCUUUAGGUAUCAGAAAGUUCCUGAACAAUGUUGUGGAACCUGUGUACAGACUCAGUGUAUCAUGGAUCUACCUGAUAACUCCACCUCCCUGCUUAGUCCUGGAGAAACCUUGUCACCUCCUGGAGAUAACUGCACUGAGUAUGAAUGUGUGAGAAAGAAAGACAAAUUUGUGACUGUGGCAUCCAAAAGAUUGUGUCCAAAGAUCAACCUAGAUGACUGUGUACCGGGAACUAUACAGAAAGACAGCAAGGGAUGUUGCUUAACGUGUUUCGAAGAAACAAACAAGUGUCAGAAGGUAAAGACAGAGGAGAUCAUCCUCCAGAAUGGCUGUAAGUCCCUGAAGCCUGUUGUGAUGUCCUAUUGCAAAGGCAGCUGUGAAAGCUACUCCAGGUACUCAAAGAAAUCCCAGUCUAUAGAGCACAAAUGUGGUUGCUGUCAAGAGACAAAAACAGAAAUGGUAACCAUUAACCUAAGCUGUCCAAAUGGUGAGAUAAUGAAAUACAACUUUAUCAAUGUCAUGAGCUGUUCCUGUGCUGACUCCACUUGCAAUAAAAAAAAACAGGAAGGAAGCGAAGAAGAUCCUCAUGUGACAAACCUGAUACCACAAACCACCGUAAAAGUAAUAAAGGGUUCAAAAUCACCCAAGGACAGAAAAGAUCAUCAUACAAAAAACAAAAAAUAUGGAUCGGAGUCCACCGAAAAUGAAAAGUCUGAGCAAAAUUCAUCAGACGAAGAGGAAAGAGCUAAGCCAAAAUCACAGACCAAUGACAAAAUGGUGACAAAGGUUAAACAAGCUACAGACAGAAAAGAUCAGAAAAAGGAAGACAGUAAGAAGUCAAAGUCUAAUGAAAGUGGGGAAAAAGAGAACAAAUCGGAUGAGAAAAAAGAGACCAAACCGGUAUCCAAGCCAAAUGAAAAAAUUAUUCAAGUGACAAAACAGUUUAAUAACAACAUGGCAGCUGAAAAGGGUAAAAAGGACAGUAACUCAGAAGAGACACAUGGGUCUAAGCCAAUAUCACAGACCAAUGACAAAAUGGUGACAAAGGUCCAACAAGCUGCAGACAGAAAAGAUCAGAAAAAGGAAGACAGUAAGAAGUUAAAGUCUAAUGAAAGUGGGGAAAAAGAGAACAAAUCGGAUGAGAAAAAAGAGACCAAACCGGUAUCCAAGCCAAAUGAAAAAAUUAUUCAAGUGACAAAACAGUUUAAUAACAACAUGGCAGCUGAAAAGGGUAAAAAGGACAGUAACUCAGAAGAGACACAUGGGUCUAAGCCAAUAUCACAGAUCACAGAGAAAACAACGACCACUGCAGAACAGUCCAUGAGCAAAAAAGUCAUGAAGCAGUCCAAUGACAGCAAAUCAAAUGACAAUGCAAACAAGCCCAUGGACAACAAAGAUAAAGAUUUACAGGACAAAAGCAAAUCAGCAUCACAGCCCAACAAAACUGCACAGCCAGGAAACAACAAUCAAGGUGUAAAACUUGUAAAAGUUCCUCAGGGCACCGAAAACGUUCAGAAGACAUCAAAGCAAUCCACAGAAAAUAUCAAGAAAAACAAAUUGUCAGGAGUUGGCAAAUAA